AUGGUGCACUACGAAUUCUCGGCAAUAUUAUCACAGGAAACGAUAUCCAGACGGCUGCCAUUAUAUCACAUCCACGUUUUUAUGAUAUUCUGGUUCGUUCCCUUUCGCACAAAUCACGUUGCGAUGUGCGCCGUGAGGCUGCGUGGAUGUGCUCAAACAUUGCUGCAAGCAGGCCCGAUCAUGCGGAUUUGCUGUUCUUGGACUGGAACGUGUUUGCGAUGUUACUCGAAGGUUGCUCUUCAUCAGAGAAAAAGCUUAAAAAAGCAAGCUCUGUUUUCUUUUGGUCUGCCAUGGCAGUGCUUCAUAGCGUAG